CUUACAAAUAAAUGUAAUAAUUCACGAUUAACUUUUAACUAAGAAUAAAGGUAAUCUUUUGCUUAAAUACUUUUAAAAAAAAUAGUGCGAUUGCGGAGAGUAAUUGCUAAGGCUGUAGCCGCCCUGUGCGUGAUUAUGUUUCAUCGAUUUGCCAAACAAAAAAUUUUUCAGAGGGGAUUCAAUACAAUGGAUUUGCUACAAAUUGAUAUUUUUGUAAUAUAAGUUUUAAAAUCAUUACUCAUCGCGCCGUCCAUAAUAUACCUAAGCGAUAUGGAUGAUAAUCUCAGUACCAAUUCAAGUGAAUCAAUAACUACAAGUGGCGAAUACGAAAUUGUGACAGAGAGUAACGUCGUUACUCCGAUUGAAACAAAACAAUUGAUCGAUGGUUCUUUAGAGCCGUCCAGAUUGGAGUGCAAGUCACCAACAUUGGACAUUUCCAACAAUCGCAACAUAUCCGAUAUUCAACACGAAAUGACGGAUGCCUUACGUGACCUAGAUCUUGAGAGGAGUGCAGGAGCUUCCUCUUCUAGUGUUAAAAAUAAGAGCUUGACGUUGCCAUUAAAAGGAACUUCUAGUCCCGUUCUAAUGGUACCAGACAAUAGUGAUCAUUCAAAUAUAAAAAGCCAAAGUUUACCACGGCAUGCAGACUACACACUCACUCCUAAAAGUGAAGAUGCCUCUACAUCCGAACCUAAUCGCGUAGGUCAUUCUGUAUUUUAUGACUGUAUUGAUGCCAGUCCUGCAAAUCUUGAGGAAAAACGCGAUGCUAUGAAGCCAGAAAAGAGUGAUACCGACGAUGAAGUUUCAGAUAUUGACCAAGGCUGUACAAUAUUCUCAGGCGUUACAUAUUUAGGAGCAGCUAAUAUAAAUGCUCCCAAGUCGGAAAUUGAUAUUUAUCGCAUUAUGAGCGAACUAAAUAGUGGCACCAGUACAGGCUUAAAAAUUUCAAUUUCCAUACCGAAUACAUCUGAAGGUUUAGUAGUUUUACAUGAUGCUGAAAGCAAUUCAGUCAUAGCAACAUAUGAAAUUCAAAGCAUUAUAUUAUAUUUUCGCGGUCCAGUAGAAACAGUCGAGAAUGGUUGUUUCGCUUUUACUUGGCUACAUGGAGAGUCUUUAUUUCAGUGUCAUGUAUUUCGUUGCCAUAUACCAGAAGCUGUAAGCCAAGUUAGUGCUUGCUUUCAGAAGGCUUUUCAAACUUAUCUUCCCAGUAUGACCUGUAGCUUGACCUCAGCGGUGGACAGCAACAUGAUAAAUUCGGUCACAUCAGAUUUAAGCGGUAAUCCACUUACUACAGCUGGAUAUGAGUUCAUUGUAUCAUUAGAAAUACGUGAAAGAGUUACUAAAAGCACAUAUUCUGCUGUACCACGUGAUCGAAGCUGCUUCAAAUUGCGUGCAAAUGUGGAUAAGGAGGUUUAUAUAACAGUAAAACAAACACCUUCAACAGUAUUGCAGCCACUAUUAAUUGAACGAUGUUUUGGUGUUCUUUUAAGUGCUGGAAAAUUAGUUCGACAAGCUGAUAUGCAACUUAUUGAUUUAAUUUCCAUGGAUUAUCAGUUGCCAGGAUAUAGUUCCUCCACUGAUUGUUCGGUGGCUGCUCCACUUACUCCUCUUUGUCUGAAUCCUUACUCUAUACGUGCAGAGUGGAAAGCUAAUGAGAAAGCAUUCGAGCAGUUAAAUGUAGAAGGAUCUAAAACUUUUUUAACAGUUGGAGUGGAUAUCGUCAUACGUGGCAUACGCGAACCUGUGCGUUUUAUUAUAGAAACGUCUGUAACUAUACAGUCAGCAAAUGAGAUACGUAUUAUGGAUCAUUUUAUGUCGAAGCGACCUAUGACAUUACGUUUUUACUUGCAUCUUAAGCGCACUGAACAGGAACAAGGUAGCUGGGAAGUAAGUUCGAUCGACCCCUCGGAAGAGAUACUUGAACAGCCACAACAAUCCUCAUCAUAUUUGCUAAAGUUUGGAAUGAACAAUUUGUCACGUAUUGUGCGCUCCUCUUCAAUUGUGUCUAUAGAAGAUGAAUGUCCUACAGAUGAAUUCAGUUCGGAUGAUGAACCUUUACUUAGUGGUACAGGAGAAGUUUCAAAAGAGUGUUCACAAGAUACUUUAGACGAGUGGGAUCCAAUACUGAGAGAAUGGGAUGGUGAAAAACGACCAAAAAACUUGGCGGCUUUAGUACGCUUAGGUGUGCCAGAAGCCUUACGUGAAAAAAUUUGGCAAAAACUUGCUAAAGUAGAAGCAAGAACGGAUAUGAAUGAUAUGUAUAAAGUAUUAAUAACUAAGGAAACAAACUGUGAAACUGUUAUUCAGAGGGAUAUACAUAGAACAUUUCCAGCACACAAAUGUUUCAAGGAGAGCGGGGGAUCUGGUCAAGAUGCGUUAUUCAAGGUAUCGAAGGCUUAUGCAGUCUAUGACAGCGAGGUAGGCUACUGUCAAGGUUUAAGUUUUAUUGCCGCUAGUUUGCUGUUGCAUAUGCCGGAAGAAGAUGCAUUUUGUGUGCUUGUUGCAUUAAUGUAUGAUUAUGGUUUACGUGACUUGUAUAAGCAAGGUUUCGAAGUUUUAUAUUUGCGACUAUAUCAAUUAGAUCGCUUAAUUAAGGAUCAAUUACCUAAACUACAUGAGCAUUUUCUUGUUUGCGGUGUAGAGACGCAUAUGUAUGCAUCUCAAUGGUUUUUAACUCUGUUUACGGCACGUUUUCCAUUAUUUUUUGUUUUCCAUGUGCUUGAUGUAUUCCUGCUUGAUGGUAUUCCUUUGUUAUUUCAAGUGGCCAUAACACUUUUGUCUAUCUGUGAAACGGAUCUUCGGCAACUUGACUUUGAGGGAAUUCUUAAAUAUUUUCGGGUAACUUUACCAAAGAAAUGUCGUAGCUCCAGUCAGGCGUGUCGUAUUAUGAAAAUGGCUUGCGAUAAGAAAGUGAAGAAGUUGAAACAUUAUGAGGAAGAGUUUUUAUUAAAGAAACAACAUAAGGAAAGAGCAGAGAAAGAAGCACAAAUUUAUGAAAAUAAAUUUGGUGAAGAACGGAGGAAACUACAAGUCGAAAUAGAUACACUUCAACAGAAACUUAAUCAGGCAAAUGAGAGCGCUGUAGAGAAAGAACGAAAACACACAGGCAUUAUACAGGAUUACAAACAAAUUAUACAACGUCUUGAACAAGAUAUGACGACAUUAAAUGAAUCAUUAAGUGAUACAAUGAAUAUUAUAUCGAAAUGCAAGAGCUGUGCUCAAAAGCUAGAGCAUCCAAUUGCAAGUCUAUCGAACGACAUUUUGGCUGACAAUAAUAAGGUCGUGAGAAAUUUGACACGAAACGCAAAUGAAACUAAUUUGGGUCCCUUGGAUCCGCUUAUAGUAGCUACGCAACGUAUCCGUGAAUUGGAACUGGAGUUAGCACAAGCAAAGUUGGCACAAGUUGAAGCAGAAUGCAAAAACCAAGAUCUUAAUCAUCAACUUAGUACAACAAUAACUGAAAUGCAAACUAAUCGAAAUAGCUGGCAACCUUGGUUAUCGAAAACAUUUAACACAUUACAGGAAAAGGUAUCAACGCGCGGGAGUCGCGAUGUGCCAACAUUCCAGUCGUAUACAAAUCAUGCUACGUCAUCUUCGACCGCCGGAAGUGAACUUAAUUCACCAACCAGUAACCAGGAAUUUAAGGCGUUCUCAGUAAGCGGAUCACCAAAACUGCAAGCAAAAUUCCAAUCGGCUAAACUGCGGAAUAGCAUUGACAGCUUAAGAAACAUAGUUGUACCACCCGACACCGGCAAAAACAUUUUGAGUGAUAAUCUAAAGCAGCAGAUACAUUCCCAACCUUAGGUUGCGAUUGAUUUAGUAUUUAAAAUAUAAAAAAAAAUAAAUGAAUUAUGGAUCAUUAUAAUUAUUAUAUAGUAAAAAUUAAAGGCAUGUAACACAUAUUUAUACACAUAAACAUACUUCUAGGGUAGACAAAAAGAUAUAUACUCGCAAAUAUAUAAACUCACUGUAGAAACCAA